AUGGCUCGUAAAGCCUCUAGUAACGCUGCUGCCCGUGCCGCUACUCCAGAGCCAUCCGCGGUUCGACCAACAACGCCAAAUACAUCCGUCGAAGCGACCCCCAAGGCCUCCACUACCACUACAUCGUCGUCUUCGUCGCCAUCUAAAUCGACAGUGAACUUGCCGGCUAAUUCGUCACCAUUCGCUGUCGCUGGUGCUAUCUGGCAGAAAUACCAAAAGGACACCCCGCAGCGGACCAAGUUGAUCGAUGUUUUCCUGGGAUUCCUUGUGAUUGUUGGUGCUCUUCAAUUCGUAUACUGUGUCGUGGCAGGCAAUUACCCAUUUAAUGCCUUCCUUGCUGGCUUCGCUGCCACCGUUGGCCAAUUCGUCCUCACUGCUUCAUUAAGAAUCCAAACAAACCCAGUGAAUAAGACAGAGUUCUCGAGCGUAUCACCUGAGAGAGCAUUCGCCGAUUUUGUUUUCGGUAGCUUGACACUCCAUUUCUUUUGCGUGAAUUUCAUCAAUUAA